AUGGCAGCUUCUGACGAAGUUCUUGGCUACCUUGCCAAGCAGAGCAACUUGGGUGGCGUCGUCGUACUUGGCCGAACUCGCUUCGAUCGCCUCUUUCUAAUCGGCCAGAGCUCCGCGGCGCUUUGUGUUGAGGCUCUGAAAGCUGCUGUUGUCGAGGCCAAGGCAGGAAACGAUGUCAACCGUUAUCGCGAUGCGUGGGAUGCUUUAAGGACAGUGGCACCAAAUGAUCCAGAAGCCCAGAGAGACGAUGCGUGGAUAGAACGAACGGAGAUGGCGAACAAGGCCGAGACGGCAAGGCUCGAGGGUGAGCUGAAAGGAUACAGAAACAAUCUUAUCAAAGAGAGCAUCCGGAUGGGUAAUGAGGACCUUGGCAAACAUUUCGAAAGCAUAGGAAGGCUCAAUGAAGCCACCGAGGCGUAUACCAGGAUGCGUCAGGAUGUGAGCACCACCAAACAUAUUGUCGAUUGUGGCAUGCACCUCGCCAACGUCUCUCUCCACCGUCGCGAUUAUGCCAUGGUAUUGAACAACGUUGGUAAAAUCACAGCUGUGCAGAACGAGGAUGAUGAAAGGGCACCGCAGGCAUACACAAGAAUUGCCUCUGGAAUUGCCCUUUUGGGCAUGGAUCGCUUUGAAGAUGCUGCAAAGGCCUUCUUGAGAACAGAUUCUACCGUACCUCCAACGGAAUAUAGCCAUAUCGCCAGUCCUAACGACGUCGCCGUCUAUGGUGGCCUUCUGGCCCUUGCUACCAUGGAUCGGAAGGAACUUCAGCACCUAGUAUUGGACAACCUGUACUUUCGCACAUUUCUCGAGCAUGAGCCGCACAUUCGAAAGGCCAUCAGCCUAUUUGUGAAUGGUCGAUAUUCGAACUGUCUCUCUAUAUUAGAGGGUUCCCGGGCAGAUUAUCUCCUGGAUGUUUAUCUGCAGAGCCACGUCCCAGCCAUCUACUCCAAGAUUCGCACGAAGUGUAUCGUUCAGUACUUUGUUCCAUUUUCGUGCGUUACGCUAGAAAGUUUAGAUGCAGCAUUUGCGCAGCCAGGCACAUCUAUUGGUCCCGAGCUAGUAAAAAUGAUCCGUCAAGACGCAUUGAAGGCGCGUAUCGAUGCGAAAAACAAGCUUCUUGUUGCCGUCCGGCCCGACGCCCGGCUCGUGAUGCAGAAAGAAGCACUACUAGUGGCCCGGAAUUACGAGCGGGAAGCCAAGGAACGAUUGCGCCGUAUUAGCCUGAUAGCAGCUGAACUAGAUGUAUCGGGAGGUAAGAAGGCAAUCUCAGGUGGUGCUGCCAGUUCAAGCUUGGAUGAGGCUUGGUAUGACGAGAAUAAGCAAUCUUCCCCCCAAGGGGCUGAACUGGAAGCGGCAAGCUGA